AUGCAUCUCCAACUGACGAUAGUGCAUCGUGAGAGGAACGUCGUUUUUGUCUACACAAGUGACAAUAAUUAUGUUCUGCGAGUUAAGGAGUACAUCACCAAGGUGACUGAUAUCCCUGUCUCAGUCCAGAAAUUGUCAUUCGGUGGGGUUGAAUUGAAAAACAACACAAAAUUGAAAGAGUACCAUUUGCCUGUCAAUGCUGGCAUACUCCUUAACCUCUCACAAGGCUACGCUCUCAGAUACCAAGUUUAUGUGAAGGUGUCCUUUAGGAAGAACCCAAUUCGCGUGCGGAUAGGUCUGGGUACCACAUUGAAGCAGGUUAUACAGUCCCUAUCAUCUUCAUUGCAGGUUCCUGCUGAACAGCUUCUGCUCUCCUACAACGACCGGUUGCUUACGGAAAAAGAUGCGAAGAAAGCGUUGAUAGAUUUGGGAAUUAAAUCAGAUGAAGUCCUUGAUUUGACAGUAGUGGAUAUGUGGCGAUGA